UUUAAAUAAAUAAAUAAUAUGUCUAUAACAGUUAAUAAUGUCUGUGAGACUGUGACUAUAUAGUAACCACAGUUAGCAGUAUAAUUCUACAAUCAUAAUCUUCAUAAUAUUCGAAGAUCUUAAAUCGUGAUCUAACAUCAAUGGCUAUGAGUUUCUGAUUUAAUUUUUAAAUUUUUUUGUAAUAUUUUAAUUAGGCUUUUUAACCGGACUUUUAAUAAGUUAGCUAUUCAUUUUUAUUAAAUAUUUAAAUUUAAAAAUGAAAUCUGCGUUAAUAGUUAUCAGUUAAUUUUUUCCAUUAUACGCAUGAAUUAAGAUCUUUAUUCGUGAUUAUACGACAUGGACUCCUUAAUUUCUGAGAUGGAACAAUUGUUAUUGUGUGGUAGAGAGGACUGUAAUAUCCAAGACAUUAUAGGAGAUUCUGCUGGUAAAAAUAUUGAUGAUUUGUUAAUUGAAGCUGAUAAAAUAAUUGGUGAAACACUUCCAUACUUCCAAACAUCUUCAAAUAUAAAUAAAGUUAAAACUUCAAAAGACUUUAAAAGUAUACAAAAUAAUACAAAGAUUAAACCAACACAAUCUAAGACCCAAAAGAAUGAUACAAAAAAAGUUAUUUUUAAUUUAAAUAAUACUUCUCAAAGUUCUUCAAUUCCAGAGAAACUAUCAAAUACAUCAGAAAUCUGUGGAAAAUUAACUAUAAACAAAUAUAUUAAAGAAGAGGAAAGAAAAAAUUGUUAUACUUGUUCUUCAUCUUUAAAAAAAUAUACAUCUGAGUUGAAGGUUCCUGAUUCAGAAGUGAAUUUUAUAAAAUCCCACUUUAAAGUGAGCGCAUCUAUGAUGGAAAAUCACAAUCGGCUACAAAUGUUGUGUAACAGACAUGAUAAAUUUGCUAAUAAUAUGAAAACUCAGGACCAAAUUAUUAAAUUAAAAACGGAAGAAGAAUUAAAAUUUUAUAAAAUGAAAAAUAAUGAACUUGAAAAAAAUCUUAUGUGUAAAGAACAAGAAAUUCACAAUUUGGAAAAUCGAUAUCAGCAAUUAAGUCAGUAUUGUGAAUCGUUUUUAAAAAAAAAUAUUGAAGAUACAUUAAAGAGUUAUGAUUGCCAAUUAAAUGAAUUAAUUGAACGCAAUAUGACUAGAGAAUCACAAUUGCAUACCAUAAUUGGUAAUCUCCUUGAUGAAAUCGAACAGUCACAUAAUCAAUACAGAAUAAAACUAUCAGAAAAAAAUAAACAAAUACGCAAUUAUCUUGAUCAAAUAGAAUUGAUACUUGAUAACUUUUACAAAUUUAAAAACAACAGUAUAAAAACAUAACAUUUGAGUGAUAUUGACAUGACUAUCAUUUAAAAAAGAAAUUUAACAUUUUGUGUGAAUGGAUGAGUUGUGAUCACAUUAAAAGAUGGAGUAAAUAUGUUCAAGAUGAACUGAUGGAUUUGAGUGACUGGUUAAAGGUUAUAGUGUAUAUGUGAUAUGAUCUAUCUUAUACAAUUGUAUAUCUAAUCAAAAAUAACUUACAAAUUAUUUUCCGAAAUCGUGCACACGUUUGCAUUGGAAAGAGAAAGAGCCAAGAAGAACACAACGCCAACUACGAUUGAUAGAAUCCUAAAAUUAUACCAAUUGACAGUGUUAAUUUAACGACAUUUAUAUUUUAUACAUAUUAUAAAUAUAAAUAUUCUUAAUGUGUAUGUGUACAAAAAUAUUAAUAAUUUUAAC